UCUUACUUCACGGAUCUGCUUCAAAGAGGCAGCUGCAUUAGAGAAUCAUGUUAAGCUCGGCUAAUGCGGAGAGCCCGAGGUAGCCCCAAUGAUGGAUUUUGAUGAGCGUGUCCCUUGUUCCUCUAACAUGUAUUUGCCCAGUUGUACUUACUACGUCUCGGGUCCCGAUUUCUCCAGCCUCCCUUCCUUCCUGCCCCAGACCCCGUCCUCCCGCCCCGUGACAUACUCCUACUCCUCCAACCUGCCCCAGGUCCAACCCGUGCGAGAAGUCACCUUCCGGGAGUACGCCAUCGACCCGGCCAGUAAAUGGCACCCCCGCAGCAACCUCCCCCACUGCUACUCCGCCGAGGAGAUCAUGCACAGGGACUGCCUGCCGGCCCCCAACACGGCAGCGGCGGCCAGCGUGGGAGAGAUCUUCUGCAAAAGCCCGGCCAACGUGUACCACCACCCGGCCACCACCAGCGCCUCCUCCGGCUUCUACAGCACGGUGGGCAGGAACGGGGUGCUGCCGCAGGCUUUCGACCAGUUCUUCGAGACCGCCUACGGCACGCAGGAGAGCCACGCGGACUACGCCGGGGAGAAGACCGGCGACAAGGCGCCUGCCCCGCCUGCCUCGGCGGCGGCCGCUCCGGUGGCCCCGGCGGCGGCGGCGGCGGCAACUUCAAGUUCGGACGGCGGCGGCUGCAGGGAGGCGGCGGCAGACGAGAAGGAGCGGCGCAGGAGGCUGGAGAGCAGCAGCAGCCCCGGGUCGUCUUCUGGCAACAAUGAGGAGAAAUCCAGCGGCUCCAGUGGACAACGUACCCGUAAAAAGAGAUGCCCAUACACCAAAUAUCAGAUUAGAGAAUUAGAAAGGGAAUUCUUCUUCAGUGUCUAUAUAAACAAAGAGAAACGCCUCCAGCUCUCCCGAAUGCUCAACUUGACCGACCGUCAAGUAAAAAUAUGGUUUCAAAACAGAAGAAUGAAAGAGAAAAAAAUUAACAGGGACCGAUUACAAUAUUACUCAGCUAAUCCACUCCUUUAAGACUCGUAGCUUUUUUCAAGACGAGAUUAAAUUCAGAUCUCGCCCUUGACAAGGUCAAGCCACAAGGUUACCUAUGAG